CUGCCAGCCCGGAGCCCCGAGCAGCGAGCGCGGCCCGCGCCGCUGGCCAGUGACAGGGUGACACUCCGCCCUGGCCCCGGGGUUGGCUUCGGCUGGCUGGAGGCUCAGCCCCCUCCCCGCCUGGCGGGCGCUGCCCGCUCCGCGCUCUGCUCUCGCUGUGCGUGGGGCUGCGAGCGGCUGCGGCCGGGCGCGCAGCCAUGAAGGUGGCGGUGUUGGACCUGGGCACCAUCUUCGCCAGGCUCUUCAAGCCCUCCGCGGCUCCAGCUCCGGGCCCCGCCGCCUCCUGCUCCCCAGUGCCCGGGGCGGCUCCCGGCUGCCCUGCCGCGUCCAGGGCGCCGCCUCCCCCGUCCCCCCUCCACCCCCGGCCCGCCCUAUCCUUCUCCCGCGCUCCCUUGCCCAGCUCCCUGCCCGCCAGCCCCCGGCCGCUCCCUCCACUUGCGGGGGGCUCCCCGGCUGCCGCCGCCGCGGCGCUCCCAGGGCGGGCGGCUCCCGGUGGCGGGGCUGGGGCGGCGUACCCGGGCGCAGGCUCCCCGCGCCAGGCAGCGGCUCCAGCGGACAGAGAGCCCGGCGCCUGGUCAGCCCUCGGCGCCAAGCCGCUGCUCUUCGUCACCCUGCCCGACAUCGGCGAGGAGGGGGUGGCCGAGAGCGACCCGGAGGGCGGAGCCUGCGCCCCCAGCGCCGCCGACCCAGCAAAGGGGCUGUCCAAAGGAUCUACAGAUCAUUGUUUCCCAGGGAAGAGUGGAGAUCUUCCAGCAAUUUUUAGGAGAAAUGUUCAGGAUGCCAUUGACAAUUUUACCUGUGAAACUGUUUCAUCAUUGUCUUCUAGCAGUCCCAUAACACCAACAGACUUGAAUAAUUCUUGGUCUGGAAUACAAAGCUAUACUACAGGCUUGUCCACUGAAAGAAGCUCAAUUUACUCUUGGAGGGAUGAUGAAUAUGACAAAGCUAAUACACAAAGAGUGCAUCAGUCAUUCUGGGAUGUGGAUGAAAUGUUGUUUGAAGGAAAAGUGAGUUCUCAAACCCAGAGUCUGCAGGCAGAAUGUAAAGAGUGGACCAAAAGGUCUCUUCAUCUGAGGAUUUUAGGAAAACAGCUUCUUUUUCCUAGGGAUGAAGGCUUUCAGCAUUUUCAGAGCAGAACAACUAGCUCGGUGUACACCAAAUCUUUACUUGGCCUCUGUGAAAGUACUAGCAACACAAAAGAGCUGUGCAUUUCGGGAUCUAAAUUAGUUCCAAUAGCAUCCCCAGUACACAAAUCAUUAGACUGUGGUUCCCCAAGGAUUUCUGUUUCUGAGUCAUCUGGGUAUUCAUUCCUGGAAGAAGAAAUCUAUGAGGUGGAUGGAAAAAUUGAAGAAUAUCUUGCUUUUGACAACAAGGAGCUUGAUGAUGAGAGUUUGGAACAAAAGAAAGCCCAGCUUGCUCGAAAGAGGAAUAAAUGUGGCAUUCCUCCAGUUUCUCCCAAUGCCUGUAUCAAAGACGCAGUGGCUGCUGAAGUGUUUGAUGGUGUCUGGAGCAAUAUAGUUGAAAUAUUGGAGGAGCUGAUUAGAAAAAACUGGGAAACUGCUAUCACAGAGAAUGAUAAGCAGGUGGAGAAAUUGAAGGCUAUUACAAGUAAAUUGCCACAUCAACUAGUCUCCCGUAUUACAGCAGAUACAGCAAGUAUCCCCCCAUCAAGAGGCUCGGAGGCACGAAGCACAUCUUUUGGUUCGCAUUUUGUUCCAUCUCAGGUUCACCGUUUCUCCAGCAAUUUCUAUAGUGAUUUGAAUGGCGUCAUGACAAUUCAAGCUAAACCACUCCAACAGAGGCAUACAAGCUUGGCAGACAAGAUACAGAAUGAACAAGAAGACAAACAACAUAGUAUAGGCUCCAGUGUUCUCAACUCAGUGCGGACUCGGCGGGGGCGAAUUACUGAUAACAGUAUUCUCUCAUCAUCUCGGGUACUGCUGGCAUCUUCUAGGAAAAUGCCAACCCAUCGUAGGCUACCAUCUCUCACUUCAGACCCACUAUGCUCAAAGACUCCUAAUGUGUACAGUGAUGAAGUCCUUAGGGGCACUAAACUGUAUACUGGCUUAGAUCGCUUGUCCUCUCCACUUGUACAUACAGCCCGGAACAAGUUACCACCAAUAAACACGGAGACUGUUGAACAGUAUCUUUCAGUACCCGGAUCACGGCAAGGCUUUCAUAGAGGGCGAUAUCCUCAUAGUAGAGUGUCAAGUGCAGUACCUGACAGUACAGAGCAACGACCACUUAGAGAACGAACUGUCAUUAUUGAUCAGUUUUCAAGACCCAACACAACUAACACAUUCAGGUCAGAUACCCCUCAUAAAAGGUCAUUGACGCCCAUGGAUUUUGCUAACCAUACCUGGACAGGUCAAGGCUUUUUAACAGGUUCACAACAUUACUCCAAAUCCUUUCAAAGAAAUCCAUCCACUUCCAGGAAGAGAUUUCAAGUAGCCUCUUAAUACAACUUGGAAAGAGACAGAAAAUCCAUGGCACUAAUUGGAGGACUACGCUGCUUGGCCUACUAGCUGUUGUCACAAGGAAUAAAGAAAGAGUAUUGCAGCAUACUGUAUGCUGCUUCGUCUUCCAGUCCUGGGCAUAUGUGUAUGGCCUUGUUCAAAAGUAGCAUCAGCAGAGAUUGGAGCAAAAUGAAAGAAAAAGAAAAUAAAACCAAUGGAUUAAAUCUAGACUGUAGGAAUUUGGUGUCUUUCCAGGGUAAAGAUGAGGCCACUGUCUCUUUCACACAUAUACGCUGACUUAGUCCUUCAUUUGGGAAGCAACUUCAUAGUUCUGCUUCUCUGUUGGCAGAAGCAAGUAACAACCUGCUUAAGUCCCUGUAGCUAUAUUCUCCUUCCUUUUUCCAGUGUUAACGGGCAUUUUGUACUGUCCUUGCACUGAUUAUGUACAAAGUUAAUGUCUUUUUAAAUAAGAGUUUGUAGUACCCCGUGUUUAUUAUGCCCUUUCGCUUUUCUAGUCUCGGACUGUUCCUGUUGCUCUCUGUAAAAAUUGCCUGUCCCUAGCCUUUCUUCCUUGUUUAAUUUAUCUUCAUCUGAACAGUGAUUAGAGAGCUGUAUUUCAUUCAUUAUUAGUAAUUAAGCUGUUCAGAAUGUUAAGUGUUCUGUAGCUCAAAUGGAAUUGUUCUCAGGAAACAACAGUUGUCUUGUCAGGCUGAAUUAUUCAUUACAUUCUCAAGAUUUGAACGUGCUCGCUGACCUGUGAAUAAGACAGGUCUCACUUACCAAACCAGUUAUUAUUGAAGUUUUUUAAUGACACAUACUAAUGUGAAACCUAAUAAAAAUUCCUGUAUCUAA